GCAAAAGCCACAGGAAUGCAGCCCAAGAAACACAAGUUAAUGCACAGAGCAGCUGAAGCUGUUGUUGUUCUCAACGUGGUCCGCUCUGUCAGUACAAGAGCACAGGCGCCGAGCCAAGCUUUUCAUUCCGCACAGAGCGUCAGGCAGAGAGUCGGUUCGAUCCACUUAACCGGAAUCAUUCGGCUCCGAACCGCCAAUCUCCGAACCUCCAUCAUGUCUCUAGAGCUGGAAGAGAAUAUUCCCACCACCGAGGAGGAAGAUGAAGGGGAGGAGGAAGGAGAAGAAGAAGCCACCACUCCAACCAGAAGGUCCUCUAGUAAGAGGACCAAAGGGGCAGCUGCUCCAGCCAAAAAAAAGAGCAAGAAGAAGAAGAACCAGCCGGGCAGAUACAGCCAGCUCGUAGUGGACACCAUCAGGAAGCUGGGGGAGAGGAACGGCUCAUCCCUGGCCAAGAUCUACAGCGAGGCCAAGAAGGUGUCCUGGUUUGACCAGCAGAAUGGUCGCACCUACCUCAAGUACUCCAUCAAGGCGCUGGUCCAGAAUGACACCCUGCUGCAGGUCAAAGGGAUCGGGGCCAACGGCUCCUUCAGGCUAAACAAGAAGAAGCUGGAGGGGCUUCCUGCUGAGAAGAAGGCUGCGCCCCCUAAAGCAGCUGCCAAGAAGGCAGCCCCUGCCAAGACCACCCCCAAAAAGAGUCCGAAGAAGGCCAAGUCGAAGCCCAAGGCUAAGAAGGAGAAACCCAAGAAGGCCGCCAGCGCCCCCAAACCUGCAGCCAAGAGCCCCAAGAAAAAAGCAGCAGGUGGUGGGAGCAAAAAGGUGAAGAAGAGCGCAAAGCCCAGCGUCCCCAAGGUUCCUAAAUCCAAGAAGGCGUAAACGAGGGCCCCUGGGGGCCAAAUGAACUCUAUGUUGAGCAUAUUGUUUUUUCUGUUUUGUUUCUGCACUUAUGUGGUGGCAGCUUCUGUUCUCCCAAGAGCCGUGAGACUGUCGUGCUGGGGCAGUGUUUUGUUAAAGGGGGCAGUUUUUUAACCCCUUAGAUAUUUUUAUGAUUUGAUUUUUU